AUCCGCGACUUGAGAUAGUGGUAUCAGCUGAUGCGUCUUCCGUUGGUCUGGGAGCAACUCUAAGUCACAAAUUUUCUGAUGGCAGUAUGAAGGUUGUACAACAUGCAUCACGAUCUCUUACAAAAGCCGAGCAAAGAUACAGUCAAAUCGACUGGGAAGGGCUAGCUAUCAUUUUCGCAGUGACCAAAUUUCAUAAGAUGAUAUUUGGUCGGCAUUUCCGUCUUCAGACAGAUCACAGGCCUCUUCUAAAAAUAUUUGGAAACAAGAAAGGUAUUCCUGUUUACACUGCAAACAGGUUACAGCGUUUUGCCCUUAUGCUUUUAAUGUACGAUUUUGAAAUCGAAUAUGUAACCACGGAGAAAUUUGGAAAUGCCGACAUCCUAACAAGAUUGAUAAGCGAGAACAGCAAGCCAGAUGAAGACUAUAUAAUCGCCAAUUUGGAGCUAGAGAAGGAUGUAAAAUCAGUAGUCAUUAGCAACAUCUCAACCCUACCAAUCAAUUUUACGGAAGUAGCCAAACAAACGGGAAAAGAUUCAGUUUUAUCAAAGGUACUACAUUUUACACAAAACGGUUGGCCACAUAAUACUAUUUAUACAGGAGAAUUAGCAAGUUUUUAUGCAAGAAGGGAAGCGUUAUCAGCAGUGGAUGAGUGUCUAUUAUUUGGCGAUAGAGUCAUAAUUCCAAACAGCCUUCAGGAACGAUGCCUCCGACAGUUCCAUCGUGGCCAUCCUGGCAUUCAAAGAAUGAAAUCGUUAGCCCGUAGCUACGUAUUUUGGCCAUCCAUCGAUAAAGACAUUAGCGAAUGCGUAGCCUCUUGUGAGAGGUGUCAAGCUGUUUCAAAGUCACCUGCUCAUUCAACUCCUAUUCCUUAGCCUAAACCUUCAUCACCAUGACUGCGUGUGCAUAUCGAUUACGCUGGCCCUCUGGAAGGGGACUAUUUUUUAAUUGUCGUGGAUGCAUACUCAAAAUGGCCAGAGAUUGUAAAAACAUCAAGCAUUACGGCAUCGGCGACUAUAGCAAUUGUACGAGGAAUAUUUUCACGUUUUGGAAAUCCAGUCACGCUUGUAAGUGACAAUGGCACGCAGUUUACUAGCGAGAUUUUUGCUGAUUUUUGCGCUCACAAUGGCAUAGAACAUCUGAGAACAGCACCAUUUCAUCCUCAGUCAAAUGGCCAGGCUGAGAGGUUUGUAGACACGUUCAAGAGAUCGAUGAAAAAGAUUAGUGCAGAAGAUACAUCACUUCCGGAGGCAUUGGACAUAUUUUUACAAACCUAUCGAUCGACUCCAAAUCCGUCCACAGAAGAGAAGAAAUCACCAGCUGAGCUCAUUUGUUUGUCACCAUCGUCAUCGUCGACUCCACCAUCGUCUACAAUACCGCCUGAGUCUGCUAUCACAUCGUCUGCGUCCUCGCGAUCGUCAUCGUCAAAUUCGGGUUCAGUCUACACUUCCUGUUCACCUACAUCACCUGAAGAGUCUCCAACAGAUGAACUAGAUGACCACAAGGAAGAAGAACAGCUGGUACAAGUACCACGCCGCCUUGAAGUCGAUGAACAGGUGGUGUGUUGGGAUCUGGCGCUCUCGGCACUUCUGGAGGAUCUGCCGUAG